CCUAGGCCUUGCUUUCACCCAUGUCCACUUCCAUAGCUACUGCCUGCAAGUGCAAAGCCGCUUACCGCACCGAGUCGGUCGUCGGCUUAGAUUCGCACAGGAUCGCUCAAACUUAUGUACGUGUACGUGUCCGAUCAACCCAGAUAUUCUGGGCCACCAUGUCGUGCCUUUGUCAUUGCAUUAUAGUUUUCAUAUUCAUUUCCUAUUCAAUUUCGGUGACUCUUGAGACUGUUGAAAAAUUAGACGGUUAUCACGAAUGUGCGCGUCCUUGCUCCGACGAGUCAUCUUUGAGAAAAACGUGCGUCUAUCAUUUCUUUAUCACGGAAUCGCACGGUGCAACAAGUUUCUACAAGGGAUUGAACGAGAGCAAAGGUGAGAGCUUUCGCGAGUGCGCGAAUGCUACCGUGGGAAAGAGCCUUUUGGCGAUUAACGGGAAAAGUCCGGGACCAGCUAUACAAAUAUGUCUCGGUGACACGCUAGAGGUUCUCGUUCACAACAAGUUGGGAAGCGACGAGCUGGCUUUCCACUGGCACGGAAUCCGGCAAAAGGACUCGAAUCACAUGGAUGGGGUGCCUAUGAUAACGCAGUGUCCUAUUUUGCCCUUCAGUGGCUUUCGCUACAAGAUAAACCCCGAGAGCACGGGAACGUACUUUUACCAUGCUCAUUCAGUCUUGCAGCAGGGCGACGGGGUGUACGGGUCGUUGACAGUACGAGGAGCAUGGGACGAGGACCUCGGUCUGGAAAGGACGCUCGUCCUGUCGUCGAGGCCGGCGACUCCGCUGACGCGGCACGCGAGCCUCGAGCCACCUACGCCGGGCGAGCUCCUCGUAAACGGCCAGGCGCGUCAGGUACUCGUGCGGGUCGAGCGUGAAUCUCGCUAUUUGCUACGCCUCAUUAAUGCAAACGCUCACGAUUGCCCCAUCUUACUGUCCGUCCAUGGGCAUUCGCUUCGAAUACUCGCUGCUGACGGCAACCCUGUGCAAUCGAUGACGGCCACGCGUGUCGUUCUAUUCCCAGGCGAAAGACUCGACGGCGUUCUAACGGCUGAAGGAGCAAUCGGCAAGUACGUCCUCGAUAUUCAGGGUCUUGGAGAAUGUCGCAAUUUACGUCAAGAGGCAUAUAUUUUGUACAAAGACGCCAAACUGGAUUCACGCGCGAUAAGGACUGCGGACAACUUGGACGAAGAGUCGUUGAAAAUUGCCGAAAGUGGCCAUCACUGUCAUAGAAUAUCGGAAAAGGUCAUUUGUUCUUUGGACCUCAAGAGUCUGUCGAAAGUGCCGGAAUUGGAAGAAAAAGCGGAUGAAACCAUCUACGUGCCCUUCGACACAAACACUUUGGCGUUCUUUACGGACGAGAUGACGGACUAUUCCUACAAAUUUUACACGCCGCAAUAUUAUCCAGCUUACUUGAGUGUAAAGAAAGGCGCGAUAGGAAUAGCGCAGAUCAACGGCAUGUCUUUCAAGUAUCCGCCAUCUCCGAUACUAUCGCAGCCAGAAAAUACCUUGGAGAAGUCGGUCUGCUCCCUCGACGAACGGUCUAGCGAAUGUGCCGCGACACCGUUAUUUUGCGAGUGUCUGCAAUUGCUCCAAGUUCCACCGCGAAAAACAAUCGAAAUGAUAUUAAUAAACCAAGGCUUUGGAGGCAAUGCGUCUUACACGUUUCAUUUGCAUGGUUACAAUGCCAGUAUUAUUGGCCGAGAGAGUUUCGAGCGGUCUGUUACCAAAGAUGAAAUUGUAUCUUUGGACCUGAGUGGGAAGCUACGUCGAAAUCUGGUCAAUCCAGCGCGAAAAGAUACUUUUGUCAUACCAAAUAAAGGUUACAUUAUUCUUCGCUUCUACACCGACAAUUUAGGAUAUUGGCUGUGGGAAGCGAGAAGUACCGCUUUAUAUCCUCCGCUACUCGGCCCUGGAAUGCAAUUUCUAAUGAGAGUAGGUUCUCGGCGAAACUUGCCGCUUGUACCCAUCGACUUUCCUAGCUGCGGCAAUAACAAGGGCAUGGAUCUCUUAUUCGAAAGAUCAUAAAUAUCUCCAAUUAGAUUUUACCCUCUUUUGUCUUGCACACAACAAUUUCUCUCUUAUUUCAUUGAGUAUAAUGUAUAUAUAAGCGAAAGAUGUGAUUUAUAAUAAAGAGUUUAUCGA